GUAUUGUAAUAAUCUCCCAACUCCACCUUUUUCUACCUCCUUUCUUUUGGAUCAAAAUAUAUACUUCACCAAGAAGUAGAAGAAGAAGAGUGUGUGUGUCCCAGUAGUAGAUACAUAGAAUAGAGAUAGAAACUCUCUCUCUCUAUGUAUAUGUAUGUAUUUCCAGAGAGAGAGAGAGAGAGACACACACCCACACACACACAGAAAGACUCCACCAUGACAAAGCUCUCCUUCCUCUUCUCUCUCUUCUCACUCUCUGUGACCUAAUCCCCUAGAUCUCCACAAUUCUAGAGCUCGCUCAUCGCUCAAUUCGGUCUUGGUUGCUUGAAUUUGAAGCUAGGGUUUGGCUUCCAUGGAGCCUCGUGUUGGCAACAAGUUUCGCCUCGGUCGCAAAAUCGGCAGUGGAUCCUUCGGAGAGAUCUAUCUCGGUACUAAUAUUCAGACUAAUGAAGAGGUUGCAAUUAAGCUUGAAAAUGUGAAGACAAAACAUCCUCAGUUGCUUUACGAAUCAAAGUUAUACAGAAUUCUACAGGGAGGAACUGGAAUUCCAAAUGUGAGAUGGUUUGGAGUGGAGGGAGACUACAAUGUUCUAGUGAUGGAUUUGCUUGGACCCAGUCUUGAAGAUUUGUUCAAUUUUUGCAGUAGGAAGCUUUCUUUAAAGACUGUUCUUAUGCUUGCAGAUCAAAUGAUCAAUCGAGUUGAGUCUGUCCAUUCUAAAUCCUUUUUACAUCGGGAUAUCAAGCCAGACAAUUUUCUUAUGGGCUUGGCAAGGCGUGCAACCCAGGUCUACAUCAUUGACUUCGGUCUGGCUAAAAAAUAUAGAGACACUACGACCCACCAACACAUUCCUUACAGAGAGAACAAAAAUUUGACUGGAACUGCAAGAUACGCAAGUAUGAACACUCACCUCGGCAUUGAACAAAGCAGGAGGGAUGAUUUAGAAUCUCUUGGAUAUGUCCUCAUGUACUUUCUAAGAGGAAGUCUUCCUUGGCAGGGACUGAAAGCAGGAACUAAGAAACAAAAGUACGAAAAAAUUAGUGAAAGAAAGGUUUCCACAUCUAUUGAGGCUUUGUGCCGGGGUUAUCCAACAGAGUUUGCAUCAUACUUCCACUACUGUCGGUCUUUGCGUUUUGAUGACAAGCCAGAUUAUUCUUAUUUGAAGAGAAUAUUCCGUGACCUUUUUAUUCGUGAAGGCUUCCAGUUCGAUUAUGUUUUUGAUUGGACCAUUUUGAAGUAUCAGCAAUCGCAGAUUGCCACUCCGCCUUCCCGGGCUCUUGCUACUGGUGCUGGAACAAGCUCUGGACUGCCACCUCCUGUUGUGAAUGCUGAUCGACAAUCGGGUGAGGAAGAAGGGAGAGUAACCGGUUUGUCCGGAGUGGAACCAUCACGUACAAGAUUUUCUGGACCAGUAAUAAAUUCAGGAACUUCAUCCAAGCAGAAGGGUCCAGUUGCAAAUGAUUCAACGAGCAAAGAAGCUAUGUUGUCAAGCUCCUUUUUUUUAGGACGGUCAAGCGGAUCAUUAAGGCGAGCUGCUGUCUCUAGUAGCCGUGACGGAGUUGUCAUGGGGAACGAGUCUGAUCAAGUUCGCUCUCGCACCAAAAUUUCAAGCGGGCAAAGAAGUUCCUCAGUUGGUGGAUCCUCAGACCCCAAGCGCCCAUCAUCCGGGAGGAAUACCUCUGGCAUGAAGAACUAUGAGUCCACUCUCAAGGGUAUUGAGACUCUGCAUUUCGAUGAUGAAGAGCGGGUUCAUUAUUAGAUAUUCACUGUUUUCUUUUUUGCAUUCUUGUAAAUCUACAUACUCUGUGUGCUAGACAUCAGAUAGGAUUUAUUAGAUUCUUGAAGUUGACCACCUAUGUUGAGAUCAACGACACUCUUGUGGACUUGUAGUCAAUAAAAUGAAGAGAGAAUCCGAAAGCAGCAGCAGCAAUUCAACUGAACCCAUCAAGGUAAGGCCUUUUUUAUCUAUGUGGGCUGUCAUAUUUGCUCGACUCCCUUACUCUGAUUUACCCCCCUAUCCCCCUAAUGAUCUAUGCAUGUUGUUAGUGUUGGGGAUUACUGGUUUUAAGCUUGUGGAACUGUAAAUUUUCCGUUGUAAAUGUUUUCCCGUUCUACUUUUGUUUGUUUCCCGUGUGUUGAUGACAAGCAUGAACUAUUUGACACGGAAAUUGGGUUUUUAGCAUUUGGUAAGUUUUACAGUGUGGCUAAAUACUACUAGUAGGCUCUUGGAGGACAUGCUUAUGCUACUACUGUAAUAGUGUCAAGAGUACUCACCUGUGUUAUUUCGAAUUUGUGUUGAUCUUUCAUUGAUAGAGAGCUGAGGUCUAAUUUGCCUCUUGUUAUUAGUCGUAAAAUGUAAAUUGUUUUCCAAUUAUUAUGUAAUAUUGGUUUUCCUAGGA